GAUUGUUUUUCUGGCAUCGCGCCAACUCAAUGCGACGCCAACCUCCAAAGCUUACAGUUGUCGAAGAUGGAGCUCGUUUUCACUUCGCUGCCUUUGAUCUGUGGCUUGUUCUGCCUCUGCCUCAGCCUCAGCCUCUGCCAAGCACAAGCCCAGGCCCAAGCGGGCGCGAAUAUUGCCUCGACAUGGACCGACGAUGAGGCGCACUUCAACCGAACGCUCGACUCGAUUUUGGUGCCACGCGUCGUGGGCAGCCGUGGGCAUCAACAGGUGCGCGACUACCUGGUGCAGUCACUCAAUGGCCUUGGCUUCCAAACGGAAGUCGAUGAGUUCAAGCAGCGAGUGCCCGUGCUGGGAGAACUGACGUUCGCCAAUGUCGUUGGCACAAUCAAUCCGCGGGCUCAGAACUUCUUGGCCCUGGCCUGCCACUACGACAGCAAGUACUUCCCCAAUGACCCUGGAUUUGUGGGCGCCACAGACUCGGCCGUGCCCUGCGCCAUCUUGCUGAACACAGCCAAGACGUUGAGCAGUUAUCUAACAAAAGAGUUUCGCAACCGUAACGAUGUUGGGCUAAUGCUCAUCUUCUUCGAUGGGGAGGAGGCGUUCAAGGAAUGGACUAACGCAGACUCAGUCUACGGAUCCAAGCAUCUGGCUUCUAAAUUGGCUCGCACACCCACCAGAUCACAGUCGUCGCCUGCUGGCCAAGCACAGCUGGCACCGCGUAAUAUCGAUCGCAUUGAGGUGCUCGUUCUGCUAGACCUCAUCGGCGCACGUAAUCCCAAGUUCUCCAGCUUCUAUGAGAACACUCACGGCCUGCACUCCAGCCUGGUGCAGAUUGAGAAGUCCCUGCGCGCUGCUGGUCAGCUGCAGGGCAACAAUAAAAUGUUUUUAAAUGGUCUAUCCGGGGGCUUUGUCGAUGAUGACCAUCGUCCGUUUUUGGAGGAGAAUGUGCCCAUCCUCCACUUGGUGGCCACUCCUUUCCCGGACACCUGGCAUACGCCGCGAGACAACGCCGCCAAUCUCCACUGGCCAUCGAUAAGGAACUUCAAUCGCGUUUUCCGCAACUUUGUGUACGAGUAUUUGGUGCGACACACGGCGCCCAUCAAUUUGCGUUUCUAUCGAGCAUAGAUUAGGGUAUGUCUUAUGUCUAUCCUUUUAUUAUUCAUAAGUGUAUGUUGUUUUGUGUUAUUAAAAAUGUCCUAAGGCCUUUGAUUAUCCUCUA